AUGGACCGCGAGGAGCCUCCGGUGGCUGUCCCCGUGUCUCCAGGAGAAAUGAUGAGACUGUUGGUGAAGCAGCAAGUCCACGCGGCCGUUGAAGAGUCUUUUGGGCUGUUGGACACAUUGACAGCAGCUUAUGAGGACACCGUGUCUCAGUUGAGAGAACAAUGGCGACACACAUCAGAUGUCCAGCAGCAGGUAGGGAUUAAAGCAGAUGUCCCCCCCGAGGACCAGGACCAGGAGGACCCAGAGCCCCUCCACAUAAAAGAGGAGCCGGAGCCCCUCCACAUAAAGGAGGAGCCAAAGCCCCUCCACAUAGAAGAGGAGCCGGAGCCUUGCCACAUAAAAGAGGAGCCGGAGCCCCUCCACAUAAAAGACCUGCAGGAUCUCUGGACCCGUCUAGAGGGAGAUCAGCUCAUUGUGCUGGAGAAGGCCGAUAUUGCCAAAUUCUCAUUCACUGCUGUUACUUUGGAGAGUGAAGAUGACGAACCUCAGACCUCACAGCUUCAUCAAAGCCAGUCGGAGGAAGACAGAGAGGCGGAGCCUCCAGCCAGCAGCUCAGCUGCAUCGAUACAAACAGAAACUGGUGGGGGAUCAGGACCAGACAGGAACCUAAAUCCACAUCGUCAUUCACAUCCAAAUGCUGAUGAUGAAGAGGCUUCAGACUCUUCUGAGACUGAAGCUAGUUGUGGUGAUUGGCAAGAAGCUUUGUCAGAUUCUGGACCUGAAAGUGGAGAUGGGGACAAUGUCUGGAAGAAGCCCUGGGCACCUGAGUCUGCUGCAGAUGCCCUGAAAGAUAAGGAAGCUCUUGUAAGUCAUGUGGGAUGUAACCCUGGCAACAAAUCCAAUGAAUCACAAUCAAAAGUGCUCAUAAGAAAGAAACCAUUCAGUUGUGAUGUGUGCGGGAAAAGAUUUACACGUCAGGGACAUCUGAAGAGCCACAUGAGUGUCCACAUAGGAGAGAAACCAUUCAGUUGUGACGAGUGUGGGAAAAGAUUUGCAUUACAGGGAGGUCUGAAGAGACACAUGAGAGUCCACACCGGAGAGAAACCAUUCAGUUGUGAUGAGUGUGGGGAAAGAUUUACAGAACAGGGAAGUCUGAAGAAACACAUGAGUAUCCACACAGGAGAGAAACCAUUCAGUUGUGAUGAGUGGGGAAAGAUUUACACGUCAGGGAAAUCUGAAGACACACAUCAGAGUCCACACAGGAGAGAAACCAAUCAGUUGUGAUGAGUGUGGGAAAAGAUUUACAGAACAGGGAAAUCUGAAGAGACACAGGAGAGAAACCAUUCAGUUGUGAUGAGUGUGGGAAAAGAUUUACAGUACAGGGAAGUCUGAAGAGACACAUGAGAGUCCACACAGGAGAGAAAUCAUUCAGUUGUGAUGUGUGUGGGAAAAGAUGUACGCAACAGGGAGAUCUGAAGAGACACAUGAGAGUCCACACAGGAGAGAAACCAUUCAGUUGUGAUGUGUGUGGGAAAAGAUUUAAAGAACAGGGAAGUCUGAAGAAACACAUGAGAGUCCACACAGGAUAGAAUGUGUUUCUUCCAGUAGUGACAAAUUCCACAUGGAAGUUGUUCUCUUUCUAAUGUGUGAAUUAAAAAAAUAAGUAAAAUGUUUUUAAUUGUUUCCCAUGUCAUUUAUUUGUAAACGAGAUGGAAGACAAAAUGUUUUCUAAUCAUUUGAUGAAUCUUUAUUAAAAACAAUGACAACAUACUGAGUGUCUUUGAUGGAGGAAACUAAAAACAAACUAAAAACUGUCCAAAUACAUCUGUAUUUAAAAUGCAUUUUCCCUGUAAAGUUUUAAAAUCUACAUAAAGAGACUUUUGCAAGUUCA